UCCUUUCCAAUUUACCUUUGAAACGACAUCGCCUGCCUUUAAGUCAAGCUCUUGUGGGGAAUUACCUCAGUAGAUUUUGAAAUUAUUUUGAAUUUAUUAUGUGAGGUUCCACUGCUCUAUUAGAUGGGGAAAUACGCUGCUAGCCCUCCUCGUCUUGAGCGUCAGUAUAAUUCUAAAUAUGAUUCUUAAUAUUUAUUUACUAGGAAUCAUGUCAACAGAGUUAGAAGUUAAGUACAGGUGCGACGGAGGUUGGUGGAAAUUCGGAAACAGAUGUUAUAGAAUAUUGGGGAACAGUUGGGUGACUAAAGCUAACGCAGUAGAUAUCUGUACCCGAGCGAAUUCUCAACUCUUCGUUCCUUCUAAUCAAGACGAAUACGAUGCUGUAACGGAAUACAUCAACAAUCUUGGUCCGGUUAGCACGGAUGAUAAUCCUACACCAAGAGAUAUUGAAGAUGUGUGGGUAGGGUGCGAUGAUGAAGACGUGGAGGGGACGUUCCAAUGUGUAGAUGGAACAUCAUUUACCAGCUCUAGCGAAUGGAUUACCGGUUAUCUUGGUGGUACUGAUUACAAUUGUGUGGCAUACUUCAAACCUAGCGGACUUGAGGACCAUUCGUGUAUAAUCGCUCUUUCCCAAGUACUCUGUGAAGGUAAUACGGUUAAUAUUAAGGGAAGGCGGGCUCCAGCCGCCAUCACCCGAUCCAGUUCUUACAAGGCUUCAUCUCUCUCCAACCGAUGUCUUCGUGGAUACACACAGAAGACUGUCAAUAAGAAGUCUAAGACCCGCUGUGCUGCUGAGUGCUUGAAGGAAGACUACUGCGUCUCAUUUAAUUUCAAAGAUGGCGUCUGUGACCUCAACUACAAUACCAGAAACCAAGUCCAUUAUAGCGCAUUCCAAGAGGAAGAAGGAUGUUCUUAUUACGAACCGUAG